ACGAAACCUGGAAUUAAAGAUAAAGUUAGAAGAUGCAACGUCUCACGUGGCCGCUCGUCGCGGCGUGCUAAAAGAAAUAGCAUAGAGCAUUUAUCCUCGCGAGUAUCGCUGCUGCGAGUUCGGAGUUCGGACGAUCGCGGCUGAUCGCGACGACGGUGACUCACUAAUUGUGCGCGCGCGAACGGAAACACACUAAUAUGGCAUAGGCAGCGGCCGGGGGCACGAAUCUCGUACUCGUCGACGAAUGAUGUUAGUGCUGCUGCUGUGCAUCGUCAUGAAGAUAGCAGAGAUCUCCGUGGGCCGACAGCCGCCGCCGCCGCCGCUGCCGCCAGCAGCCACUUGCUGCGACAGGCGGUGCGGCCGAUGCAGGCGAUACGAGAGUUCGUGUAGGCGCCUUCGUCGCCAAUCCCGCCAAUCCUACGACGAUAAUAAAUACAUCGGACGAAAACUCGCAGGAGAAGGCGUAACAGUGAUGAUGGAAGAGCCACAGACGCCAGGUUCGGAUUGCAAUUCCAACCCGGCGACAGAUUCCAUUCAGCAGGAUCUGGUCGGCUCGGAGUUUAUUCAGGACAAUGUUGAAUAUCAAUGGUUUAUUGAUUAUGGCUAUAGAGAUGGAGGUUUGCAUAUCCAUCCCAGUGUCCUCUCAUCGCUUUCCGCAUCCUACACUCCCAAGGAUCUGGGCUAUUACGACGACCUUGCUCGUAAUUUGGACGCUAAUCUGGCAGAGAUCGACAUGGAGAGCUUUCGCACAGCGGAUAUUCACACCCUCCUUACAGCUCUGCCAGUCAUGUGCACGGAACCAGUUCAGCAUUCUGAGUUUAACUGUCAAAGGGAACAGUAUGCCAGUAUAUCUGGAUCUGUCAUGGAAAAGCUUGACAUCGGUUCCUCCAUCAGCCCUCAUACCAGUAGUCAGGGAGAAGAUUCUGCAUGUUCUACCACCGAUACGAUAUCCAUAUGCAAGUCGUCGUUGCUAUUUUCUCCAGUAAAAGAGACCCCAAUGCUACCACCAGGUGGUAGUUACAGCGUAGAUUCGCUGGACUGUGAAGACAUGUUACUCACUUGUCAAACGAAUAAUAAAAACAAUUACACUAUUGCUUUUGAAGGCAGCAUGACUAUGUAUUCGGAUGGCUCUCAAGAUUUUGAAAAUCAUGACAAGCACAAGAUGUAUGAAUCACCAGAUGUAUUUUAUGAUAAAUCGAAAGACAUGAAAGCAAUGUUGGAUAUGUCAAUGGCAUGUUCAGACUCAAAGAUAUAUACGACAUGGAGCAAUCUAAAACAUUCCUCUAUGAACAAAGUAAUAACUCGUCAUCCUUCUGGUAACAAUAAUACGAUACCAGAUAUCUCACAUAGUAGUGCUAAUCUGACGCUCGGUGGGAUGAAUAAGCGGAGUCAAAGUUUACCGGAUCUGUCUCGCGUUCAUGAAUUCCAGCAUACAAAUAUACCUCUUAAUUUUAGUGUUGAUUCCGCUGAAUCAAGCAAUCAUAUGCAGCGGUUGCACAGUUCUGGAUCCGCUAUGAGUCGUUCGACAAACGCGGAUAGUUCGGACAACGGGGAAAAUACUGGUGCAAAGAAGCUGCAAAAUCUAAGUCUUGUCAGACUGUUCAUGAAGCAAAAGAGCAUGAGCGUAGAGGGAAUGAGUCUUACCUUGGACCAGUCUGAUUCCGUUAGCGACAAUGGUGGUUGGCCCACUAGUAACAGCGGCAGCGACAGCGCGACGAACACAAACACUCAGAUACAACGGCAAAAUGGUCAGGACAUCUGCGAGCGUCGCGUACCUGAAAACGAUUUCUCUAUAAAUUGGAUCAAGCGCGACAUGGCUAAUAAUAUUGAUAUGGAAAGUCAGAGGGAUAGCUUGAACGUUUUAAAGUGUGCGGCACGGAACAAAGAUGAUAAAGUCGAAAUGACGUCAUCCGCAUCGGUGGAAGAACUUUCGGAGAGUAUGUCCAAAUCGGGUUCUACGAGCGAUCAGCAGAGUUUCGAUAUCAAUAGUCCGUUUGAACAGAAGCACGGAUGGGCUGACUUAAUGGAAAAGAAACACCCAAUUUGUCGAACAACAGGAAUACAAGCGAGUGCAGAGAUGGAGGAUAACGCGGCUCAAACUUCUCUAAUAUUUACCUCGCUGAAGGAGAAACACGGUCCUCUUUUUCAAGAAACAAUAAUCAACAAGAAGCCCGUGUACGUUGUGUAUCCUAAUUAUACAUUGCCCGACCUGUCGUUUCUCAAGAUCAGAGAUACCAAAAUUGAUAACGUCGCGUUAAAACCGCACACAUUUGACAGAAAUAAAAUGGAGUGGAAACGCACCGUUCGUUCCGGUAGACCAUUUUCAUGUAACGAUAUUGACGCUUUACGACAGCGCGGAUUUGCGCAUGUAAAGGACUGGGAGUCGCUGACAUUCCUCCUGCCUUAUGAAUACAAAAAAAUCUUGCACGACGUACCGGAAGUAUCGAGAUACAUCAAUAUCAAUGAGGAAGUCAAGCGACCUCUGUUCUGUUUGUCUCCACCGAUGCGUCAUAGGACACGGCCGAUCAGUGAAAUUAUACCGAACACUUCAUCAACGAGCAGCACUGCGACGCAGCCAUCUUCCGGAUAUAGAGGCUCGUCGACGAUUUUAACCGACUCCUCGACGAAUCAGCAGCCAUUAUCGAACAACGCGAUCAAUCCGUUAUAUUUAUAUCGCUAUGACAGUAUUAGCUCGGAAGCCGGUUUGAUGAACAAUGAUAAGAAGAUGCACAGACUCAAUCAAACGAGGCAGGCGUAUCCGUCUCUUCCAAAGCGAUCUGUAUCAUUGCCGCAAGGUGAGGGUGAAGCUGAUUUCAAUAACGGCAGAGUACCACCACGACCACCGUUACCGAGGAGCAUCUUGCGAAAGAACAAGGUUCUCGCGAGUAAACGGUACAGUAUGUUUGAGAUGGGAGAUGUGGGCGAACAAUCGGAAGAAUCUGUGGAAGUAAACAAGAGAAUGUCCUUGCAAGAGCCAUAUUAUAUGAAUAAUGAUUUGCAGUUAUUAUGCCGCGAAAGAACAAUCGAUUCGGAGAAAGAUGUCGACGAGACGGAAGCGGAGAGGUAUCUUAAGGAAAAAUUAAACGACAUUACGAAUAAUACAAAUGUGGAGUCGGAAACUUCUCAACACAGCGAGGAUGACAUCAAGCAAUUAGAAGAAUAUUUGAAACGCAGUGCAAUCUCGUCGCAAAGCAGCGACGGAGAUAUUGACAAUGAAGUUAAAGUGAGAUCGUACGUAAGGAAGUUUUUGGCUUUGAGGAUGAACAAGGAUCCACUUGUUAAAAAUAUUGAUAUGGGGGAGUCGCAAAGAAAAACCGUCAGUUUUGCUUUACAUCAAAGAAAAAAGCUGGACACUAAGCUAAAUAAUUUGAAUGCUAUCGUAAAUGAGCAAAAUCACGAGCAGGCAGCUGAGGAUAGAUUGAUAGAGUUGGAAGAGAAGAAAAAAAUGGUGUUGUCUGUAAAUAGAGCAGUGGAUCUUUUAUUGAAGUAUUGGAACGCUGAUUCGAAUCAUAGUCGUCCGAAUUCUAACGAAAGAAAUGAGUGCGCGCAGAUCUGCCUUAGUAAUUUGUGUCCGGCUUUAUACGCUAUUAUGUCAGAUGGCUUGAAACCCCAUUUGAAUUCUACUUUCGGACCAAUUGCUAAUAGCGUUUGGCAGGUCGUCGAAGCGAGUUCUCAACAAGGACCUCUUACAAAGACGCUGAACGAAUUGGUGCAGAGAAUUAAUGGCGAAGAUGUUAUUACAGAAGGAAUGUUAAAGUUCCACGCAUUUGUAUUUGGCUUGCUAAAUUUAAGAGCAUUGGAUGCAUGGUUUGCUUAUUUAUGUACGCGUGAAUCAAUUUUACGGAAACAUUACAGUAACAACAGUUUAUUCGUCGCGGCUUUGGCCAAUGCCAAUGUCCGAGAAGUUGUUGAUUCGUUAUUAUACAUCCUGAAUCCGCUUGCAUUCUGUCCAUUUCAUUUGGAUCUUCUAUAUCAGUAUCGGCAACUGCAAAACAGUUUUGGAAAUUUGAAUAAUUAUACUAUGAAUGCCAUGAGCUUUAGAAAUACCGAUUUGACUAUGAAAGACCUCGAAAGUGACGAAAUGGAAUCUCGCGGGAUGGUUCCCAGUCCAAAAAAGACAAGACCAAAGUCUUGCAUCGCUUACAACAUGGAUGAUAAAUAUAGCAUCGUGCAUAAAGGCGAUAUUCAGAAUGCGAAGAAACGUUUCAGUGCCAUAAAUCCGAAGGCGUUCUACGCAUUGGACAAAUUGACUUCCGAAGAUUCCGAAGAUUACACGGAUAGUCUAGAACAUUCCCCUUUAAGUAAGAAGGCAAGCAAGCAGCAGCCGCAAUCUAAACUGUUCAGUCCCGAUACUAAAUCGAGUAACGACAAUGGUGUCCCUACCGAAACAAAGUUCAAAAAGCUGCAAGAAAAAUGGGAAUUGAUGAUUGGUAAGGAAGGCAAUAAAACUCAACCUACUGUGAUGACUCCCCCUUCACCAGUACGAACAUAUGGAGCGUUGGGAAAGUCCAAAAUACCUAGAUUGCUCACGUCACCAGUGAAGCAAUCUAAUGUCGCGACGAAUCUUGGGAAAGCAUCGAAAUCGCCUGUAUCUCCGGGAAUCUCUUCGUUAAAGAAACCCGCGAACCUUCCUACAGCAAAGACAACUCUAAAGAAACCUACGGAUGCAAAAGCGAGAGAUGUGACGCGUCGUACCAGUCGCGUUGAUCAGGAUACUCUAGGCAUAACGCGAACUCACACAGCACGUCCGAGUUCUUUACCAUACAAAUCGCACGGAGCAACGUCCAGUGACAAGAAUCUAGUCUCGCCUCACAGACGAGCCGUUUCGACCUCUCUACCGCGACCAACUGUUACCACUGUUUCAAAAACGCCAGUUUCGAAACAUUCACACAAAUACGUACGAUAACGAUUCGCGCGUCUCGAUUGCAGAGAAGUCCGUACUCUCACUCACAGGAUACCGUCGGACACCGGUCACCUCUCGUUCACGGAGGGUGAAAGACUGAAAGUAAUAUUGGAAGUGGACAAUAAGUGGUUACUGUGCGCGAAAGGUGAACGAAGAGGUCUAGUACCUCGAGCGUGUGUACGCAGCGUUCAAACUUAGCCCCUCUUCUCGACAACCUUUCGCGAUCGUAAUUGUAACCGUGAUCCCAUCCGAACAGCAGCAAACGUAACUGUAAUCUCACCCUCGAACGUGACACGAAGAUGAACAAGUUGCGAGGACAAGUUGAAAAGUUCAAAUUAUACUUAAAUACCCCGGGGACGAAACAAGUGAUGUACAGUGUAUUAAAAUUGUUUUUAAGUCGUAUGAUGUAAUAUGCAUAUUAUAACGCGCUUGUAAAGUUACUUUUAAUCAAAGUUUACCCGAGAAUACUUCAUUUUUAUCGAAACAUGCGACAGUAGUAUUAUCGCUAGCGGCGCCAUCGAAGACAGAGAGAUAUCGCCUAGUCAUAGAUUUUUUUAGAUAUUGUUUUUAUUUAGAUUCAUUUAUUUUAGGACGAUGUACAAACGCGAGGGUAACGCGUUUCAACAUAUCCUCGACGAGAAAAAGCAAACAGUGUGUACUAAUCUACACAUAUUACGAAUGUGUGUAUGUAACUGUGAUCCUAGGAAAUAGGUGAUUAAGUUUAUUAGUGCGAAAGCGCCAAAUGUAUAUUUUGUUUUGAUGUUUAUAUAUUGUGACUGUGAGUUUUAAUUCAUUGAUUAAUAAAUCGCAUUGUGUGCAAGUAAAGCUUUGUUUUAUAAAACAAAGUUGUAUUUCUGCAUAAUACGAAUCAAUCAAUGAACUAAAAAAGACUCACCUUUUGAUAUUUAUUUAUGUUCAAAUUUUUCGCAUCGCGCAUUGACGAUCCAUCAUUCUAAUUUAAGCCAUUCAUGGCAUGCACCUUGCGAUGGCGGCGAUCACAUUUUUUACAUGCUUCAUGUAUUUCCUGAUACAUUAUAUUAUAUAUACAUAUAUGUUUAUAUAUAUAUAUAUAUAUAUAUAUAUAUAUAUAUAUAUAUAUAUGUAUGUAUGUAUGUAUGUUAAGAUAUAUGAUAUAAUCAAAUAAAGUCUGUUGUGAAUUAUAUUAA